CCCCCGUCCCUUGCAGCACCCCGCGGCAGGGGGCGAAGCCCGUUUCUCUUCAUGGUCGCCGCGGGCCUCGCUGGCGCGGGGCGCCGAAAAGGAGAAGCCGCGCAAAAGCCACCGGCCGCAACAUCCUAUUGUCCCUGACAAGUGCCUAUUCCGCCGCGGCUGGCGCUUGCCAGUGUGCCUUUUGAGCGUGUUUCGCAACGUCUUGCCACGAUGCGCAAAACAGCGGCGGCGGCAGGACUGCCUCUUGACAGGGGGAGUGGUUGCAGAGAAGGCGGGGGAAGAAAGAGGUGACACACGAGCUGCGGCGGGCGCAGCGCACCGGGGACUGCCCGCGCGAGACCGCACGCAGCCGCAGGGGCACAACAUUGGCAGGGGCGGCCGAGGAAGCCUCCGCUUCAGUUUGCCUCCCUCCCACUCCUCCCUCUCCGUUGCAGUGAGUAGGGUGUUGUGCCCAUGCUUGAGGAAGCGUGGCAAAUACAAGUUUUCCGGCCUAUUCCUCGUUUUUCGCUGA